AUGGAAUUGAAUAUAAAAUUACAUGAGAAAUAUUUUUUAAAAAGCAUAAAAGAAAAAUUAGUAUCUAAAUCUAAAAGGGAUUAUGAAUCAGAUAAAUAUGAAUCAAUUUUGAUUAAUGGAGUUUUUUGGGUUCUUAGUGGAAUUUUAAUAAUGAACAAGGGAAAAAAUAAUUUGGGGGAUAUUUUAGAAAAAAAUGUAAUAGAUAUGCUAUAUUUAUUGGUAAUGCAAUCUUUACAAAAAAAAAAAAUUAAGGAAAAUGUUAUUUAUAAUUAUAAAAAGGAAAAUAGUAUUUUAUCACAUAAAGAUAUAAAUGAAGUAAUGAAAAUAGUAAAGCAAAAAUCUUGUGAUGGUGUUAUUAAUAUAAAGAUAGGCAAUGAAGGGACAAACAUAUCAAUGGACAAUAUUUCUUAUCACAAUGAUAAAACAAAUGAAAAUAUAAGCCGAAUAGAAUUCCAUAAAAAUAAAGGCCACCAAAUUAAUAUAGCAUUUAAUACUAACGGAAAUACAACUAAUGAUUUAUUGAUAAACAAUAUGAAAGAGAUUGAUAAGGCUGAAAAAAGGGAUCUUAAUUUAUACUCAGAUGGUACACAUUUAAGGAGAUUGAAAAAAAGGAAAAAAAAAUUCAUUGUAUGCGGUUUUAGUCCAUGUAAUAAAAAAUGGUUAUAUGAACCAAAUGUAAUAACUACAUUAAGUGCUAUUCAAAUAUUAUUUUUAAUAAAUAGAACAAGUGAAAAUGAUAUAAGCACUAAAACAUUGUUAGAAAUAUAUAAUUUUAUUAAUUUAUUAUUUGAUGAAGAUAAAGGAUUUUAUCAUUUUUCUUUAAAAAGUUUCUUAUUACAUUUUGAUGGUGACAUGCGAUUUGUCUUUUGUUCAUUGUCAACUAUAUAUUUUAUAAAUUUAUUAUUAUCAAAAAGAAAUAUAUAUAUAUAUAAUAGCAAUAAUAAAAAAUGCAUAAAUUGGAUAUUAAAUUGUUUGAAUGCUGAUGGAGGGUUUUCAAAAUUUCCUGGAUCAGAGUCUCAUGCUGGAACUACAUUCUGUGCAAUUAACUCGUUAAACCUUUUGAAAGAUAACAAUAAUAGAAGUUUCUUAUUUACAAACAAAUGGAUAAGAUCCAAGUUAAUAAGGUGGCUAUGUGACCGAUAUGAAAACCAAGGUAUUAAUGGGCGGGUUUCUAAGUCCCAUGAUGUUUGCUACUCUUGGUGGGUUUUGAGUAGUUUAGUAAGUCUCAAAUGUAAUUUAAGCAAACUUUUAAAUGUAAAUAUAUUAAUAAAUUACAUUUUAAAAUGUCAAGAUAAAGAUAAUGGUGGGUUUUCAAGAGUUCAGCAAAAUGAUAAUUAUAUUAAAAAAAGUGAAAAUUUCAAUUAUUAUGAUAAAGAAAAUAUAUCCCAUAAGAAACCGGACUUGUUCCAUAGCUUUUUUGCAAUAUCGGCGUUGUCAAUUAUUUAUAAUAACAUUCAAUAUUAUAAGAAUAAAAAAAGUGACAAAUAUGAUAUAUUUGGUGAUACAAAAAUACCUAAGCACUUGGAAGACCAACUAAUUCAACUGAACGAUGUCCAUUCAUCUUUUGCAAUGCCUGUAUAUAUGACAAUUUAA